AUGAGACUGGCCGCGUAUGCUGGGGCCUCGGUGGUCCUAGCCACCGGUGUAUUCUUGAAAGCGCUGCAUCAGAGAUCGAACUUCUACGCCGCUUGCGUGUAUCUCUCACAAAGCAGUGCCAAUCUUAUGAUCCUCACGAAUCUAUGCCUUAUUAUUACUGCCUUUGUUUUAUUCUGGCUCCAGCGACUCCUUUACGGUCCCUUGCGCCCCAUCGAAACCGAACAACUAUAUGAACGGGCAUGGUUUGCCAUCACGGAGACAUGUCUAGCAAUGACCAUCUUCCGGGGUGAGCUUGGAGGUUGGUUCUUGGUCAUGUUUAUCUCUCUGUUGGUUGGAAAGGUCUGGGGCUGGAUUGGAGAAGGACGUGUCGAAUAUCUGGAGCAACAACCCCCCGCGAACCCGCGACUCUUCCACAUCCGACUGGCAUUCUCGAUGGUAUUGACGGUCCUCUUCAAUGCCUCGAUGCUAAGAUACUGCGUUCACACCGUAUACCACCAAGCUCGACCGGACAUGAUGGUAAUGUUCGGUUUCGAAUUUGCCAUUUUGACCAUUCUCUCGACUUCUACUGCCGCUCGUUAUGGUAUUGCGUUGACGGAGAUCUACAUAACUCGCCAGCAGGUGAAGGUGAAGAUGGAUGAACGCCGAGCGGAGAUUCGGGAAGCUCGUUUGGAGGCCAUACGUGCCAAUGCACGAGCUGGAGAGACCUCUCCUCCCGCCAACCUACCUGACGAGAAUGACAUAAAUGAGUUGGAGAUAGACGUCCCAGGCUGGGAAGAGAAAGGCCGAUGGGUCUUCUACCUCGAUCUCUUGACAGACUUUGUUAAACUCGUUGUCUACCUGAUCUUCUUCGCAAUCCUCCUCACCUUCUACGGCUUGCCCAUCCAUAUUCUGCGUGAUGUCGUUGUUACCAUCCGUUCUUUCGGUCGUCGAAUCAUGGACUUCCUUCGAUACCGCAAUGCGACUCGAGACAUGCACCAGCGAUACCCGGAUGCAACACCAGAGGAAAUCGGAAGAGAGGAUGUUUGCAUCAUUUGCCGAGAGGACAUGGUUCCCGCACAGCCAGCUGCAGCAGGAGAAAAUGGACAGCCUGCAGCCAACACCCAGAGUGUGCCUGAUCGCUUGCGCCCAAAGAAGCUGCCUUGUGGUCAUAUUCUUCAUUUCGCAUGUCUCCGGAGCUGGCUGGAACGGCAACAAAACUGCCCAACCUGUCGCCGACCAGUGGUUGGGCCGGGCGCGCAGGGUGUGGGUGGCAAUGCUGGCAAUGGUGCCAUUGCCCAACAGAAUGGUGCUGGUGGAAUCCAAGCACCUGGACAACAGGGUGGCCAAGGAGACGGAUUAGCGAGAGGCCGUGUCUACCAGUUCGGUCCCUUCAGGAUUGGAUUCGGCGCUGGACGCGGUGACGUUAUGCAGAACCUGCAGAACCUGGAGAACCAGAUGAACCACGGCAACGCACCCCAGCAGGUUGCUGGCAAUGGCAACCAGCAAGGAGCCCGCCAGAUGGGGCUUGGCUUUGGAUUUGAUCAUGGGGCACAACCGGGCCUCCCGGGCGUCCCUCAGAACCAUCCCAUGGCAGGUUCUUCAAAUUUGACUACCAUAAAUGCUCAAUUACAACAUAUCGAGCAACAGAUCGCUCAAGAGAUCAUUUCUUUGCGUGCUGCUACAGAGCAGCUCCGCCAUGUGCGCGCUCUUCAAAUGGAGCUGGAUCGACUGCGCAAUAACGAAAACAAUAUUCCUGCAGCUACCAGUACCACAUCGCCGCUUCCAGGCACUUCCAAUAUCCAAGUUCGACAGCAGGUUUCUUCGAGCAUGGGCACAGUGCCUUUGAAUGCUGGGGAUGCUCGUCUACCAGAGGGAUUGACCCUCCCAGCUGGUUGGACUCUCACCCCUCUUCAGCCUAUCAAUCCCAAUGUUUCAAGCCCGCUGAGAGGAAGUCCGACAUCCCGAUUGCCGACUUUCACACCGGGGGUUCCUACACCACACAUUCCCGGUGCUUCACCAUGGACUCACUCCCAUUUCAAUAGAACUACAUUCCCAACGCCAACACCAACAGUCCCUGCGACAACCGGCGGUGAUCAAAAUGCCGAUAGCGAAGCACCACCUGCUGCUGCCGCCCCCAUCUCGGCUGAAAACAUCAAGCCCGCCGGCGAAUCAAAGCAGUCACUGCCUAGCUGGGGCUCGUCCAGUGGCUGGUCAGAGAACGUCCCAGCAGACUCACUGUCUCAAGAGUGGACCGAUGUACAACGCGACCACAUAACCGACGCAGCUUCCUCCACAGCGGCCACAUGCGGCGGUGAUACAGAGACCGAGACAGAUGCCGCAGAGAAGACAUCGACAGUUGAAAGAACACCCGAAACUGACACCGACUCUGCAUCAAAAGGCAAGGCCCGAGCAGCCACAGUCGAGGAAGCAGACGAGGAAGCGUCUUGA